AUGGCGUCAUCUUUACUCCUCAGGAAUGCUACAGUGAUAAGUGUCGAUGAGAAGAUUGGCGUUAAGGAGAACUGUGACGUUCUAAUCGAAGAUGGUGUCAUUAAGGAGGUCGGACCAAACUUGAGCUCUGGGACCUCGGGAGAAUUGAUUGACUGCUCUCAUUGUUUGGUGUCGCCAGGGUUUGUCGAUACUCACCACCACAUGUGGCAGCAAUUGAUUCGUGGGGUGACGACUGACUGGUCGUUGGCGAACUAUCUUGAGCACAUUCGGCUGGUGUAUGGUAGUAUCUUCACUCCAGAGGAUGUAUACACCUCGAACCAUUUUGCGGCGUUGGACCUGAUCAAUAGCGGCGUCACGACAGUCAUCGACCAUUGUCACAUCCUGAACUCGUCGGCACAUAGCGAUGCAGCGGUCAAAGCUUUGAAGGAUGCUGGUAUUCGCGGGACCUGGUGCUAUGGAUUCUAUGAGAACCCCAGUCAAGCAGACCUUCCUGGAUCAAACCACACUGUAUCAACCCCAGCAGGCUUUGAUAAGGCUGCUCGCAGAGCUGACGCUAGGAGGGUCCGGCAACAACAUUUCCCGGAUAAUGAUCCCAAUGAGCAUCUGUUGACGUUUGGAGGAGCACCAGCGGAGGCGGAGGGCAUGAGUCCGGAAGCUCUGCAGGAGGAAAUCGACUUCUUUCGGAGUAUCGGGGCCCGGGUCACCACGAUGCAUGUUUCAUUGGGCAACUACGACUUCGACCAUCAAAUAGUCCAGCGGCUUGGAGACGACAAAUAUCUUGACAAAGACCUCUUGUUCAGUCAUGGGUCCUCCUUCACCGACUCGGAGAUCAGUCUUAUCGAACAGUCUGGGGCGGGCAUCUCAUCGACGCCCGAAACUGAGCUUCAGAUGGGCAUGGGCCACCCCGUGGCAUUCAAGGCUGCGGCAGCUGGGUGCCACGUCGGCCUCGGGAUCGACAUCACGAGCAAUCAGAACAACGACAUGCUUGCAGUCAUGCGUCUUCUGCUUCAGGCGGAGCGGGGGCGGCGGCACCUUGAAGUACUGGGUCAGGCACCUCCUCCAUAUGACAUUCAGCCCAAGUCCGAAGAGGCGCUGUACAUGGCAACCAUGGGAGGAGCCAAGUCGAUUGGCCUCGAUCAUCUCAUAGGCAGCAUCACACCCGGCAAGAGAGCAGAUCUCAUCAUCACUCGAUGUGACGACAUGAACGUGGUGCCCGUAACCCACCCGGUAGGAGCUCUCAUGUUCAACGCUCACGUUGGCAACAUUGACACUGUCUUGAUCGACGGCAAAGUAAUGAAGAAGGAUGGCCAGGUUCUGAAUGUUGACUGGCCGAAACUGCGGGACGAGGUACGGCAAAGGAGCGCCAGGAUGUUGGAAACCCACUCAAAAGCGCCGCUUCCGUCGAAGAACAUGUGGACGAAGGUGACGGAAUUGUGA